GUUGAAUCUUUUUUUUUUCUUAUCAAAGUAAAUUAAUGAGUCAAGGAGUUUUGGAUAUUGUGUGGUCUAAACAUCCCCCCCAAUGAUUUACAUUUUUUGUCAUUUGAUUUUCAGCGGAUUAUUUAUAAAAGUAAUUUUGACCUCCUGCCAAAUGGUCGAAGGCUUUUUUUAAACCUUUCUAAAGUUGUAUGUGAUAUCUUUUCAGUGCUGAUAGGACUUUUGGAAAGAAAUGUCUUUCUCUGAAUUUUUUUGGUGGGGAGGAGUUUUCCAUACUCUUUGCUCACAUGAGCCAUUCUUGGUUUGUUCCAGCUUGCUAACACUUGGUGUCACAUGUGAGCCUUCCACAUGUGUUCACUCUCCAUUCCAGCUCUGUGAUUGAACUCUGCUCUUAUUGACUAGGGGGCAGUUGGGCAGGCAUGCUUCGUUCCUGGAAUUGACAGUCAUUCCGUAAGAAGUUGGAUUCCAUGGGUUCCAAGAGAAGAAGAGCUACCUCCCCUUCCAGUAGUGUCAGCGGAGACUUUGAUGAUGGGCACCAUUCUGUGUCCACGCCAGGCCCAAGCAGGAAAAGGAGGAGACUUUCCAAUCUUCCGACUGUAGACCCUAUUGCUGUGUGCCAUGAACUCUACAACACCAUCCGAGACUAUAAGGAUGAGCAGGGCAGGCUCCUCUGUGAGCUCUUCAUUAGGGCACCAAAGCGAAGAAAUCAACCAGACUACUAUGAAGUGGUUUCUCAGCCCAUUGACUUGAUGAAAAUCCAACAGAAACUAAAAAUGGAAGAGUAUGAUGAUGUUAAUCUGCUGACUGCGGACUUCCAGUUGCUUUUUAACAAUGCAAAGGCUUAUUAUAAGCCAGAUUCUCCUGAAUAUAAAGCUGCUUGCAAACUCUGGGAUUUGUACCUUCGAACAAGAAAUGAGUUUGUUCAGAAAGGAGAAGCAGAUGAUGAAGAUGAUGAUGAAGAUGGGCAAGACAAUCAAGGCACAGUGACCGAAGGAUCUUCUCCAAGUUACUUGAAGGAGAUCCUGGAGCAGCUUCUUGAAGCCAUAGUUGUAGCCACAAAUCCAUCAGGACGUCUCAUUAGCGAACUUUUUCAGAAACUGCCUUCUAAAGUGCAAUAUCCAGACUAUUAUGCAAUAAUUAAGGAGCCUAUAGACCUCAAGACCAUUGCCCAGAGGAUACAGAAUGGAAGCUACAAGAGUGUUCAUGCAAUGGCCAAAGAUAUAGAUCUCCUAGCAAAAAAUGCCAAAACUUAUAAUGAGCCUGGUUCUCAAGUAUUCAAGGAUGCAAAUUCUAUUAAGAAAAUAUUUUAUAUGAAAAAGGCAGAAAUUGAACAUCAUGAAAUGACUAAGUCAAGCCUUCGGAUGAGGACUCCAUCAAAUUUGGUUGCAGCCAGGCUGACAGGUCCUUCGCACAGUAAAGGCAGCCUUGGUGAAGAGAGAAAUCCCACUAACAAGUACUACCGUAAUAAAAGAGCCGUCCAAGGGGGUCGUUUAUCAGCAAUUACCAUGGCACUUCAGUAUGGCUCAGAAAGUGAAGAGGAUGCUGCUUUAGCUGCUGCACGUUAUGAAGAAGGAGAGUCGGAAGCAGAGAGCAUUACUUCAUUUAUGGAUGUUUCAAAUCCUUUUUAUCAGCUUUACGACACAGUUAGGAGCUGUCGGAAUAACCAAGGGCAGCUAAUAGCUGAACCUUUUUUCCAUUUGCCUUCAAAGAAAAAAUACCCUGAUUAUUAUCAGCAAAUUAAAAUGCCCAUAUCACUACAACAGAUCAGAACAAAGCUAAAGAAUCAAGAAUAUGAAACUUUAGAUCAUUUGGAGUGUGAUCUGAAUUUAAUGUUUGAAAAUGCCAAACGCUAUAAUGUUCCCAACUCAGCCAUCUACAAGCGAGUUCUAAAACUGCAGCAAGUCAUGCAGACAAAGAAGAAGGAGCUUGCCAGGAGAGAUGACAUUGAGGAUGGAGACAGCAUGAUUUCUUCAGCAACCUCUGAUACUGGUAGUGCCAAAAGAAAAAGGAACACUCUUGACAGUGAGAUGUUGGGUCUCAGGAGGCUAUCCAGUAAAAAGAACAUUAGAAAGCAGCGAAUGAAAAUCUUGUUCAAUGUUGUUCUUGAAGCUCGUGAGCCAGGUUCAGGCAGAAGACUUUGUGAUCUAUUUAUGGUUAAACCAUCCAAAAAGGACUAUCCUGAUUAUUAUAAAAUCAUCUUGGAGCCAAUGGACUUGAAAAUAAUUGAACAUAACAUCCGCAAUGACAAAUAUGCAGGGGAGGAGGGAAUGAUAGAAGACAUGAAGCUGAUGUUCCGGAAUGCCAGGCACUACAACGAGGAGGGCUCCCAGGUGUACAAUGAUGCGCACAUCCUGGAGAAGUUACUCAAGGAUAAAAGGAAAGAGCUGGGCCCACUGCCUGAUGAUGAUGACAUGGCUUCUCCCAAACUCAAACUGAGUAGGAAGAGUGGUAUUUCUCCUAAAAAAUCAAAAUAUAUGACUCCAAUGCAGCAGAAACUAAAUGAAGUCUAUGAAGCUGUAAAGAACUAUACUGAUAAGAGGGGUCGCCGCCUCAGUGCCAUAUUUCUGAGGCUUCCCUCUAGAUCUGAGCUGCCUGACUACUAUUUGACCAUUAAAAAACCCAUGGACAUGGAAAAAAUUCGAAGUCACAUGAUGGCCAACAAAUACCAAGAUAUAGACUCCAUGGUUGAAGACUUCGUCAUGAUGUUUAACAAUGCCUGUACAUACAAUGAGCCCGAGUCUUUGAUCUACAAAGAUGCCCUUGUCCUACACAAAGUCCUGCUUGAAACUCGGAGAGACCUAGAAGGAGAUGAGGACUCUCAUGUCCCAAAUGUAACCUUGCUGAUUCAGGAGCUUAUCCAUAAUCUUUUUGUGUCGGUCAUGAGUCAUCAGGAUGAUGAAGGAAGAUGCUACAGUGAUUCCCUAGCAGAAAUUCCUGCUGUGGAUCCCAGCUUUCCAAACAAACCUCCUCUUACUUUUGACAUAAUUAGGAAGAAUGUUGAAAAUAAUCGCUACCGGCGGCUCGAUUUAUUUCAAGAGCAUAUGUUUGAAGUAUUGGAGAGGGCAAGAAGGAUGAAUCGGACAGAUUCUGAAAUAUAUGAGGAUGCGGUAGAACUUCAGCAGUUUUUUAUUAAAAUUCGUGAUGAACUCUGCAAAAAUGGAGAGAUCCUUCUUUCACCAGCACUCAGCUAUACCACAAAACAUUUACAUAAUGAUGUGGAGAAAGAGAAAAAGGAAAAACUACCAAAGGAAAUAGAGGAAGAUAAACUAAAACGAGAAGAAGAAAAACGAGAAGCUGAAAAGAGUGAAGAUUCCUCUGGAGCUGCAGGCCUCUCAGGCUUACAUCGCACAUACAGCCAGGACUGCAGCUUUAAGAACAGUAUGUACCAUGUUGGAGAUUAUGUCUAUGUGGAGCCUGCAGAGGCCAAUCUACAACCACAUAUAGUCUGUAUUGAGAGAUUGUGGGAAGAUUCUGCUGGUGAAAAAUGGUUGUAUGGCUGUUGGUUUUAUCGGCCAAAUGAAACAUUCCAUUUGGCUACACGAAAAUUUCUAGAAAAAGAAGUUUUUAAGAGUGACUAUUACAAUAAAGUUCCUGUUAGUAAAAUUCUAGGAAAAUGUGUGGUCAUGUUUGUUAAGGAAUACUUUAAAUUAUGCCCAGAAAACUUUCGAGAUGAGGAUGUUUUUGUCUGUGAAUCACGGUAUUCUGCCAAAACCAAAUCUUUUAAGAAAAUUAAACUAUGGACCAUGCCCAUCAGCUCUGUUAGAUUUGUCCCUCGAGAUGUGCCCUUGCCUGUGGUCCGAGUGGCCUCUGUAUUUGCAAAUGCAGAUAAAGGGGAUGAUGAGAAGAACACAGACAACUCAGAGGACAGUCGAACUGAAGACAGUUUUAACUUGGAAAAGGAGAAAGAAGAUGUCCCUGUGGAAAUGUCUAACGGUGAACCAGGUUGCCACUACUUUGAGCAGCUCCGGUAUAAUGACAUGUGGCUGAAGGUUGGCGACUGUGUCUUCAUCAAGUCCCAUGGCCUGGUGCGCCCUCGUGUGGGCAGAAUUGAAAAGGUAUGGGUCCGAGAUGGAGCUGCAUAUUUUUACGGCCCCAUCUUCAUUCACCCAGAAGAGACGGAACACGAGCCCACAAAAAUGUUCUACAAGAAAGAAGUGUUUCUGAGUAAUCUGGAAGAAACCUGCCCCAUGACAUGUAUUCUAGGAAAGUGUGCUGUAUUGUCAUUCAAGGACUUCCUCUCCUGCAGGCCAACUGAAAUUCCAGAAAAUGACAUUCUGCUUUGUGAGAGCCGCUACAAUGAAAGUGACAAGCAGAUGAAGAAAUUCAAGGGACUGAAGAGGUUUUCACUCUCUGCUAAAGUGGUAGAUGAUGAAAUUUAUUACUUCAGAAAACCGACUGUUCCUCAGAAGGAGCCCUCACCUUUAUUGGAAAAGAAGAUCCAGUUGCUAGAAGCUAAAUUUGCUGAGUUAGAAGGUGGAGAUGAUGAUAUUGAAGAGAUGGGAGAAGAGGAUAGUGAGGUCAUUGAGCCUCCUUCUCUACCUCAACUUCAGACUCCCCUGGCCAGUGAUCUGGAUCUCAUGCCCUACACACCCCCACAGUCUACCCCAAAGUCUGCCAAAGGCAGUGCAAAGAAGGAAGGCUCCAAACGGAAAAUCAACAUGAGUGGCUACAUCCUGUUCAGCAGUGAGAUGAGAGCUGUGAUUAAGGCCCAGCACCCAGACUACUCUUUUGGGGAGCUCAGCCGACUGGUGGGGACAGAAUGGAGAAACCUUGAGACAGCCAAGAAAGCAGAAUAUGAAGAGCGGGCAGCUAAAGUUGCUGAGCAGCAGGAGAGAGAGCGAGCAGCACAGCAACAGCAGCCGAGUGCUUCUCCCCGAGCAGGCACCCCUGUGGGGGCUCUCAUGGGGGUGGUGCCACCACCAACACCAAUGGGGAUGCUCAAUCAGCAGUUGACACCUGUUGCAGGCAUGAUGGGUGGCUAUCCGCCAGGCCUUCCACCUUUGCAGGGCCCAGUUGAUGGCCUUGUUAGCAUGGGCAGCAUGCAGCCACUUCACCCCGGGGGGCCUCCACCCCACCAUCUUCCGCCAGGUGUGCCCGGCCUCCCGGGCAUACCACCACCGGGUGUGAUGAACCAAGGAGUGGCCCCUAUGGUAGGGACUCCAGCACCAGGUGGAAGUCCAUAUGGACAGCAGGUAGGUGUUUUGGGACCUCCAGGGCAGCAGGCACCACCUCCAUAUCCUGGCCCACAUCCACCCGGCCCCCCUGUCAUACAGCAGCCAACAACACCCAUGUUUGUGGCUCCCCCACCGAAGACUCAACGGCUUCUCCACUCAGAGGCCUACCUAAAAUAUAUUGAAGGACUCAGUGCUGAGUCCAACAGCAUUAGCAAGUGGGACCAGACCCUAGCAGCUCGAAGACGUGAUGUCCAUUUGUCAAAAGAACAGGAGAGCCGACUCCCCUCUCACUGGCUGAAAAGUAAAGGGGCCCACACCACCAUGGCAGAUGCCCUCUGGCGCCUUCGGGAUCUGAUGCUCCGAGACACCCUCAACAUUCGCCAAGCAUACAAUCUAGAAAACCUUUAAUCACAUCAAUUACGAUUCUUUUAUAGAAGCAUAAAGAGUUUUGUGGAACAGUAGCCAUUUUAGUUACUGGGGGUGGGGGGAGGAACAAAGGAUGAUAAUUUUUAUUGCAUUUUAUUGUACAUCACAAGGCCAUUUUUUAUAUAAGGACACUUUUAAUAAGCUAUUUCAAUUUGUUUUUGUUAUAUUAAGUUGACUUUAUCAAAUACACAAAGAUUUUUUUU